GCAGCUUUCAUGUCACCGUCAUACGCAUCAGUGUUUGAUAAAUGCAAAAGAAAGAGGCCGAUGGCUUCACGGUCAUCCUAUACAAGAGAAGAUGGUUUUCGCUACUGAUAUUUUGUCUGUGUUCAUUUGGGAAUGCUUAUCAGUGGAUUCAUUUGAAUAUAAUUUCUGAUAUUGUUCUGUUUUUUUGGGAUGCUUCUAUUCCAGGGUCAUCUGUAGAUACCAAGACAAUAUCUGUAGAUUGGUUGUCAAUGAUUUAUAUGCUCGCUUAUAUUCCAUUGAUAUUUCCUUCUAAUUGGAUACUGAAUAGAUGGGGCCUGCGUGUAACUCUGCUAGUUGCCUCAGCUUUGAAUGCAGUCGGUGGUUGUAUUAAAUGUAUAGCGGGUGCAGUUACGUAUGAAACAACAUUUGGACAGUCUAAUAAAUCUAUUCCAUUCAGUAAUAAACUUGGUUUUCCAAUACUUAUGGCUGGACAAACUAUUUGUGGAAUAGCUCAAUCCGGUAUAUUGGGUAUACCAGCCCACUUAGCAGCAGUUUGGUUUGGAGUGAAUGAAGUUUCAACGGCUACUGCACUUGGUGUAUUCGGGAAUCAACUUGGUGUUGCAUUUGGUUUUCUAGUACCACCGCUUAUUUUACCAUCGAUACCGUAUAGUUCAAAUGGAACUAAUCAAAUUGAUCCAACAACAGAUAUGAAUGAAUUAUUCAAUAAAAUUAAACACUAUAUGAUGAUUAUGCUGUAUUUUAGUGCUGCUUUAAAUAUUCUUCCAUUUAUAUUUGUAUUGUUUGGUUUUCGUGCAAAACCUAAAACUGAACCAAGUUUAGCACAAUAUAAACGUAGUGGUUCAUCGGUUAUUCAUAAAUUACAUGUAAAUGACCAAUUAUCCAUUGAUAACAAACCUUCAAAUGGAAUUCAUUCAAUAGUCAAUAAUAAUGGUCUACACGAAAAGAAAAACAAUAUUGAUAAAGAAUUCUAUACAAAAUCAUUAGACGCUGAUCAACAAUAUCCAGCGCUUAGUCCAAAUGAACAUUCAAUAUCAUCAACAAAACAGGAUACCCUAAAUACAAAUGAUUCAAUCAUGAAUAAUUUUAUUAUCAAUAUUGAUGAUAAAAAUGAUAUCAGUAGUAUAGAUAAUUAUUCAUAUCAAUCAUUACAAAAUAAUCCUAGAAAUGAAACUAUUUCAAUGGCAUUAAAACGUUUGUUUAAAAAUACUCCAUUCAUUUUAUUGUUUAUUAGUUAUGGUAUACUUACUGGUGUCUACUAUGCUGUUGGUACAUUAUUAAAUAGUAUUUUACUAGGAUAUUUCACAAAUUCUAAUCUAUCUGGUUGGGCUGGUUUCACAAUGAUUAUUGCCGGUAUAUUUGGAUCAGUAAUAACUGGUGUAAUUUUAGAUAAAACAAAAAAAUUUAAAUUAAUCACAUGCAUUAUAUAUAUACUAAGUUUAUUGUUUAUGGGAAUCUUUACUGGAAUAUUAUAUUUUCGUUCAAUGCCAAUAGUCUUUAUCAUUAUGUUCUGUUUAGGUUUCUUUAUGACCGGUUAUUUAAGUAUUGGUUUUGAAUUAGCCGCUGAAUUAACUUAUCCAGAAAGUGAAGGUUUAUCUUCUGGUCUGUUGAAUACAUCAGCACAGAUAUUUGGCCUUAUACUGAUUCAUGUUGCAACACCAUUGAGAACAAAUUAUGGAGUUUUGCCUGGAAAUUUAUUCCUUACAGGAUUAACACUAAUUGGAACAAUAAUGACAGUGUUAAUUAAAGAGAAUCUUUAUCGUCAACAAGCACAUGAACGUAAGAAGGCUGAAACACAAAAUGUUCCCGAUGAAUAGACAUUUAACAAAACAAAUUAAUGAAGAUCUAAAUGUUCAACAUAAUGAAUUCAAUGAAACAUGAACAACUUUACUUUCUCAUUUUUUUUUAAAAAAAUUUUGUUCUUUUAAAUAUUAGAAUGAAUAAUUUCCCAAGUGCUCAAAAUUAUGCAAUACAAUGAUCAAUAUCGAUAUGUGGUUGUGUGUGUGUGUGUACGUGUGUAAUCUCUCUCUCUCUCUCUCUCUCUAUAUAUAUAUAUAUAUAUAUAUAUAUAUAUAUAUAUAUAUAUAUAUAUAUAUAUAUGCAUAUCUAUUAGAACAAUUCUCUUGAUGUAUUUCUUUUGUACUCUCUCUCUGUCCCUCUCGUACCAUCUCCAUCAUCACCCCUAUCCCCAUCAUCAUCAUUAUCAUCAUCAUCCCCAUCCCCAUCAACAUGUGAAAUAAAAUCAUGAAUACUUGAUAAAAAGAAAACAACAAAAUCUCAGAUAUCGACUAUCAUUUACAUUCAUUCUUUAUUGUCAAUUUUUUUUUAUGAAGAUGUUUUAUUUUUAAAAGUGAAAUCAUUCAGUGAUCUUUUGUUUUGUAUCUGUGUGUGUGUAUGCGUGUGUGUGUGUGUGUGUUUGUUUGUUUGUUUGUUUGUUUAUGUGAAUAUAUUCACAUCUGUUUUUAAAACAAAAAAUUUUUUUCUCUUUUUGAUAGUAACACUGAUUACGUAAUUUUCUACUACUACUACUAUUCUUCUUCUUAUUAUUAACCCGAUCUCGUUUUGUUCUAUUUUGUGACUGUAUUAUUAUUAUUUUUUGUUUCUCAUACUGAAUUAGAUUAGAUUUGUCUUUUUGUUUUUCUAUUACAUAAAAUGUAUCUAACGAAGAGAAAAAGAAAACAAAAACAAACAAGUAAACAAAAGAAAAUGGUAGAGAGAAAAAUGACUACCUUCAUUGUGGUGUUUUUUUUUUAAUUUUCGGUUCACAUUUCUAAAAUGUUCACUUGUUUAUGUUUCACUUUUUUCUUCUUCUUUUUCUUUUUUUUUCUUUUUCACAGUGGCUUAUUUUCUCUCACAUAGAUUGUUGUUCCGUUUUUCUUUUUUUUUUCGCAGUGGUUUAUCUUCUCUCACAUAGAUUGUCAUUUCGUUUUCUUUCUGCUUUUUCUCUCUUUUUUUUCUUUUUCACAGUGGCUUAUCUUCUCUCACAUAGAUUGUUCUUCCGUUUUUUUUCUUUGGUAUGUUUUACCUUUACACUAUAAUUGUUAUAAUCAUUAUAAAUUCUCUUUAUAAAAUAUGGAAUUAGAUCAUGUUGACAAGCAGGUAAGCAAAUGUUUGUUUAUUUUUUUUAAAUACAAAUAAAUGAGUUUUGUUUGUUGUCUGUUGGUUACUGUUUAAAAGGUGAUCUUUUCACUGUGUGUAUAUCAAUACAUGAUAGUUUAUACCUUUUAAACAAACGUAAUAAUGUUAAGUAUGUAAUAAUGUGUGAAUAUUACUGAUGAUAUUAUGUCUAUUCUAACAAGAGAUACUAGACUUUAAUUCAGGUUAGGAUCUGAAAAGUUGGAAUAAUGAACAUUUCCCAAAUACAAUCCAAAUGAUCUUGAUUGUCUAGUCAUAGUAUUCUGACAUUAGACAAUGAGUUUUAAGCGUUCUUUAAACCCUGAGCUGAGCUAUUUCAUUUACUAACUUACAUAUGUGUUGUAUGCAGUAUAAGCUAUAUUGCUAUAUAGAGCUGAAGAUAUUGUGGAUGGUUUAGCAUUAAUUUGGCAAGUUUUGCUGACUGUUCAUGUACAAAAUUCGUUUGCUGAUCAACUGAUUUCAUUUGUAUCGGUGGUUGUUUUUCACUGUUCUCAAGGAUCAUUGUCAUUGGGUGGGACAUUGUAAGACAUGUCUCCAUUUCUAACAUUAAUGAGUUUGACUGUCGUGUAAGCGGAAUAGGUCAACUUUGACCUGUUCGUGCAGUGAAUAACUGAUUCACGCGAUCAUUGAUCGGAAUAACUAUACAUGUGAUGUGAAUGUGUAAACGAAGGGUGCGAAUAGUCCACCAGGGUGUUUAGUACCUUUGUGGUUGCGCCACAGGUUUGAG